ACCAUACCAGGCAGUGAUGCAGCCUGAGAGGAUGCUCUCAAUGGUGCAUCUGUAAAAGUUUGUUAAAGUUUUUGAAGACAUGCCAAACUUCUUGAGUCUCCUCAAGAAGUAUAGCCGCUUCUGUGCAUUGCUGCCCAUUCUGUACCCCACUGUGCCCCUGGACAGGCAGCAAUGUGUCCUGAAGGCAACCAAAGAGGCCAGGGCCUUUCACAGGCCCAAAGGCUUCCAAGCCAGCGCCGGUCCCAAGGACCUUCAGAUGGCUUGUGAUGAAGCAAAAAGGAGAUGCCGGCUCGUCACUACUACCAGGCCCUCAAAGAAGCUCUACCUUGGCCAGCUGGUUAUUCCCUUUGGGAAAUAUGCUGGCCAAAGCUUCAUGUGGCUGGUAGCGAAUGAUGUGGGCUACUUAAAAUAUCUGCUUGACCGCCAUAUUGCGGAGAGCCAGGACCCGGGCAGGACAGGAGGAACCAGGGAGAAUGACUGGGUGAAGGACUGUCUCCUCCGUUAUGUGGAGUUUUUCCCCUCAGUCUCCUGCCACCUGGAGAAAAAUGUGGACAGGGCCAUUUAUGGACAGGGUCGCUUUAAGUCCUUCACCUUUCAGGAGAUGUGGCAGUGGUACAGCCUGCACAAGUGCCUUAAUGCCGACCCUCAAGCUGGCAGUGCCCAAGAGAGGAAGAUGGCAGAGGAGGCUUUCUCUUCUGUUCGCCAGUGGCUUGGAAUGAAGGAGGAGGACAUCAGCUCCAAGGCACUGAAGCGCUUCAGGAGAUUUAUUCUCGACAAAGAGAAACAGAAAGCCCCUACUGCAGCUGUACCAUCUUCGUCCUUGUCUGGUCCUGUCCCAUCUGAAACAGUGGUUCCUCCGUCGGCGUCAGUGGUUCCUCCGUCAGCGUCAGCGUCUGCUUCAGUGGCCCCUCCGACAGCAACAUCCCUGUCACCUUGGCAUGAUACAUUGUUUUCAGAGGCUCUCACCACUUUUGAAGGACAAGUGUCUCUCCCGCCCACCUGCUUGACUCCAGGAAGAACCGGCUGAUGUACUGCAUCGUUAAACAGCUCUGGCUUCACCCGGACUGCAGGAAAAAGGCUCGCGGCUCCCCUCUCAAGCACCAGAUCACCACACUCUAC